AGUACCGAGACCCCUCAAGUGUUGGUGUGGCGCAACAUCUCACCAACACUGUUUUUAUUGACAGAGCUUUGAUAGUGGUUCCCUGCGCAGAAGGUGAGUGCAAGCUGCUUGGUUUAAUCAUAUUACAAUAAACAAAAAACAAACAAAAAAAACAUUGAUAAAUAGCUGUGGACGUCUUCUCUGGAAUUCACCUUAAUGGCUGUCGUGGUCGUGGGGAGGGGGGGAGGUAUAGUGGUCUUCAGAAAUAAACACGGCUGGCGUCGGAUAAUUUAGAGCAGCCAUGGGCCGGUAUGUAAAUAUAGUUAAUGCAAAGGCUUAAAACACAAAUACUAUAAAUUAAGACGAUUUAUAACAUAGAUUUUCUUCUGUUACUUCUAAUAUAAUGUGACACUUCAGUAUUUUUGUUAUAUUUAAGCAAAAAUAGGCAAUACAGACAUGCUAGUUGUAUUCUUUUCCCCUUUCUUGCACGUUAGAGAAACUAUAGCAUGCUUCUUUCUGCCAGCUGACUGGCAGUGCAGCAAUCAAAAAUCUGACAUGAAUUUUGGUUUUGAACAUCUGUCAAAAGUUGCAAAACAUAAGAAAUUAAUGUUCUGUGGGUUUGUUGGAUACAUUUGAUGAACAGCAAAGACAUUUUCAUUGUUUGACCUGGUGAUAACAAGUGAGUAGCACAUAUCUAAUUAGAAGGACUAUGAUAUAUGCAUAUAUAAGAAACCGGCCCAUGCCUAGAUUAGAUUUAAAGCAUUUUGUUGGUCCAGUACCUGAUACACGUAGGUUUAGCCACAGCACCCACUCAAGUUUCUGUUUGGUGUCGCAUAAAUUAAGGGCAAUCAACGUUACCGUGAAUACUGGACAGUCUGGAAGUACAGCUCGUGUAUCUAAAAUAAAUAUAACCAAAUCCAUUACUAAAGAAUAAAAUUCUCUCUUUCUUCCCCUUUUUUACAUUUUUUUAUUUUUUUUGGUGCUCUUUUUCGGUAAACUCCCACCUUCUCUCCCCCACUCCCUAUUUUUGGUACACCUGUGUACACUCACAAUGAUUACACUUCUAACCUGAUGCAUUGUGUCCACGUGACUUGGUGCUGGAUGGCUAAUGAGUUUAUUAAUUUGGUUUUGUAUGUUUUUUCUGUGUGAUUAUGUGUGCAUAUCAGAUGACUAGACUGGCCCAGCUGUUACACUACACUAGCCUGAGUCAGGCAUUGUUUUCCAAGCCACUAUCCCCGAUCGGGCCAACGCAGCCUUCAAGGGGGGGAUGUGACCCGGAGAAUAGCCCGCAGAACCUUCCAAGAUGGACACCUUGUCUCUUUUUUUUUUUUUUUUUUUUUAACUUUAUAUUUGUUUUCGGUUUGUUUCCUUUUCAUACUAUCCCAUGUUGUCCACUCUCCACUGUCUCUAUCUAGAAACUUGCAGGUUGUGUUUAUAUUUGUUAUUUUUUGUUUGUUAUUUUUGAUUAUUGUCCAACCCCCCCAAUCCCUUCUCUCUUUCCGCUACAGCUGGAGCUUGUGUGUGGUUGAAUUCAGUCCAGGUUGCUACGGCACACCGGUGGGAUGUGUGCCACACAAAAGAUGCUAUGAGGAUCACUAACUCUUUUGUUCUCUUGUCUCCUACGUCUGUUGACGUAGUGAAGGGCUAGUCUGUGUGGAAAAAUGAUGCAGCCAUUGGGGGUUGUCUUGUGUUGCACACCUUUCCAACACUGCGAAACGAUCGCCCCCCCACUCCCCCCGCGGAAAAGCGUCCAUGCUUGAUAUCGUAUGGUUCAUGACCAAUAUGUUUCCAGUACAGGGAAGAUCCCAGAGGAGGCCAAGGCUCUGUCGCUGUUGGCACCUGCCGCCCCGGUACCCAGUCUGAUUCCAGGCGGAGGAUUGCUGCCGAUUCCCACUCCGGCUCCACUUCAGAACCUGAACCUCCCUCUAGUGAAUCGGAUCACAGCAGGCCUCGACGCCACAGCCUCUGCGCUCGCUCAGCCUCCCCUCAUCGGCAAUGUCGACCCGACGAAAAUCGAUGAGAUUAGGAGGACGGUUUAUGUUGGAAACCUAAACUCACAGACCACCACAGCAGAGCAGCUGCUGGAGUUCUUCAAGCAGGUGGGAGACGUGAAGUUUGUCCGGAUGGCCGGAGACGAGACUCAGCCGACCCGCUUCGCCUUCGUAGAGUUUGUGGAGCAGGACUCCGUGGCCAGAGCCCUCACUUUAAACGGAGUCAUGUUUGGAGACAGACCCCUGAAGGUCAAUCAUUCCAAUAACGCCAUUGUUAAGCCCCCUGAGAUGACGCCACAGGCUGCUGCUAAGGAGCUGGAAAGUGUGAUGAAGAGGGUGAGGGAGGCCCAGUCCACCAUUGCUGCUGCCAUAGAACCAGCAGAGACCGAGCAGCGUUCCUCCAGCCGCUCCCAAAGGUCACGGCGGUCCCGUUCCCGGACGCGCUCUCGUUCCCACUCGAGAUCACGGAGGAAAAGGUCCCGCUCCAAACACAGACAAACACAAAGGUCUUUUCCUGGCGGUGACGCCCACAGUUCAAGGAGCGGCCACAAGAGGCGCUCUCGUUCCAGAGACAAGAGACAUGCCAGGAGUCGCUCCAGAGGCCACAAAAGGAGGAGCAAAGAUCGGUCCAGAAGCCCUCGAAGGAAAGCGAGAUCACCUUCACCAAAACGAAGUAAACGGGAGAAGAGGAGGGAGCGCAGCAGAGACAGGAAGGAGCGCUCCACGUCCAGGAAGAGAAGCCGCAAAGAUGAGGAGCGGAUAAAGAGCAAAUCCAAGACAGCCAAGCAGGACUACAAAAGGGAAGAAAAGGCGGCGUAUGGGAGCGACAGAGAAGGCUCAGCCACGCCAAGUGAAAACAUGACAUCAUCACUGCGCGCCCAGCACAACGGCACCUACAAAACCCACAGAGGGGAGGCCGCGUUUCUGGGCCGCAACGCGACCAAGUGAACAGCCGCCGCUCGCGUCUCCCUCGUCCCGUCGCGCGCGUCAUCUCCCACCACUUGUCGCCUCAUCACGAGUUUCUUCCGUUCCGCGUUACGAACUCCCGCUGCAAACCCGAGGAUUCUGACGGCGAGCUCAUUUUCCUGCCUGGAGGACAGGAGAGACGGUGCUUCAGCACGACCUUCCAGGGUGAAAGCACGUCGGCGUCAUCCCGACGGCGGCGCUUGUUUCAAAGCGGUUCCCGACGGACUACGCGAUGUCGCAGAAAGAAAAACGAAACCCUGGUCAUAGCUGCUGAGAUCGACCAACGUGUUUGGAAACCUGGAGCCAACCGAAGAGUGGGUCGGGCCGCGGUCAACAUUAUUUGGUAAAACUUCAUUAAUGCCUCUCAGACUUGCAGUGUUUUGUCAUGUUCCAGUACAUCAACCCUUCCCUCAAAAUAAAUUCCUCCUCGGUAACGGAGUAAAAAUACUAAUUAUGAAAAUAGGAAACGUGAUCUAAUUGUUUUUAUAUAAGCCAACAUUUGGUUAGAAACAGUGUUACCCUGGUAACAGUGAUGGCUGGAUCUCAUCUAGUCUCCCAAUCGUUUUUCUUUCAAUGUUUACAAGAAUCCAAACUGCUAUUUUUUUCAAAGUAUUAAGAAAAACAACAACAAAAAACUAGUGGUCUUCUUUCAGCCAGCUGACUGGCAGUGUGCAGGACUAUCGCUCUAAGCUCCAAACACCGUUAGGAAACGUUGAGCGGUGAUAUUUGAAAGCCAUUUUGUACCUUGAUGGCAGUAACCAGCCCGUGCUUACUUCUCAGAACCACAUGUGCAGCAGGAAUCUGCUUAAGUCAUAAAAACUGUAUAUCGAUUAUUGUCUUAAUUAUUUAUUUAGUCAAUAAAUGUGAGUGGGAUCAUAAAGGGGCAAGAGGUAUUUUGAUAUAAGAAAAACAAAAAAGAAAACAAAAAACUUUUAUAUUUGCAACUACAAAAACUGGAUCAAUUUGGUCAACCAAAACAAUAAAAAUAUUUAGGUUUUUUUUGUGUGUGUUUGGCCUUUAUAAUAUAUAGUUUUAAUUAGAAUCAAUAGCGAGUAGUUUCACCAGAACUGUUGCUAUAUAUUGUGUGUUGUGUCAAAUAUUUGUCAGGAAUCCAUAUAUGAAUUUUAAAGCUACUAAAUUAAAAAACAAAUCCAUUGACAUUAACAACUUUAAUCUCAUUUCAGUUGAUAUUUCUUUUUUUUUAAGUGAUUAUUUAAAGGUGAGAAGGGAAAGAAUGGUUUGAUCCAGAACUUUUCUAAGCGCAACAAGCAAAAAAGGAUGUGCAAAAUUGUAAAAUAAAAAAAAAAAAACCAAAAACUUAAUUCCACUAAAAACGGUCAACUUUUGCCAUAAAUGUUGAACACUAAAUAAAUAAGCAGAAGAAAUCGGUGUGGCUGCAACAGCAACUUCCCCCAUUUAGCUGCAUCAGAGAAGCUAAAUCUCUGAAACAGCAAAAUGUAUCAGAGAUUCAACUUGUUAGUGCUAGAAGUGUGAGGAUCUUCCUGUUCCUGUAAGGAUGUAAACUGGACUAAAGACGUUUUCUACAAGGUUAUAGAAAACAGGUUUCUACACAUUCUGAAGUGCUUCUUUAAUUUUUUCUUGCUUGUGGACAGUUGAGAGAAUUUCUGUCUGAGGUUUGUGAAGUGUCCUUUUGUCUCAUCUUUUAACGCCUGAUUUCUGCGCCAUCCAGGAAUUCUGUUGUCCUUCAGGACAUUAUUACUGAACAAUAACUCGGAGAGCCAUAAUUAUGAGACGGUAUGUUGUUGCAGAUGUUUGUCCCAACUUUUGUCUAGAUGUAGGCCUCAUUCGCAUAGGUAUCAUUACAUCAAUUUCUGUUGCCACAGCAACAUUUCGGCGUACCAUGUUUUAUUUUAAUAUUUAAUAUUUUCAGUUAACAUGGUGACUGUGUGAAGAAAGUUUACGGGCUGAUUUUUUUAUUUAUUUACUUUUUGGAAAUGGGGAAAAUAAACUGAAAUCUCGCAGGUCAACAAACCGUAUGGAAGCACAGAAGGGUCAAAAAGUGCCUAGACCACGAUUGUACAGUAAGCAAAUAAAAUAUUGAGACUCAUUUGGAUGUUUUGCGAAUAAAACUAAUAAGAUCUUAUAUUAAAAUAUUGUGGGCUAAAUGUUCAUGGGAUGUUUUUAUCCUUUUAUUCUGUGAUUUAGCGUGUUGCAGUAGUCAUGAAUAUGCUCGUUGAAACAUGGUGGCAAAACAGCAACAGAUCCAGUUCCUAUUUUGAGAAGUUUUCGUCUUUUUUUUUUUUUUUCUUAACACAUCUGUCGGAAGUAAUGAGCUUCAAAUCUCAGAAUUAAAUCGUUUCCAGCUCAUCUGCCACUAUGUGAACAUGGACUUUAUGACUUUUUUUAUGUGCUCAUCUUCUCCACACUUGAGAGAACUUUUUGUGCUGGGAAAUUGGAGGAUUUGAUGUAACGGUUCAGUAAAAUAGUUUGAAAUAUUCGGAUGUAUGUACAUAUUACUCUUUGGUUUGAACCUAAGAUAUGUUUUAUUUGAUUGCAAAAGCUCUCAAUAAAGAGACUUUCCACUC